UGUCCGCAGUUGCGAAUGUGUCGCCGAUCGUCUACGUCGUAUUUAUUUACGUCGCUUAUACAUUUGUCAUUAAGUUGCUUAAUUCAAUUAGUGAUUCAUGGAAUACGUUUCAUAUAACGGGCGAUAUCUUGUGUCUGUAUUCUCGUUUUCUCCAUUGGAUUGCAGUGUUUUUUGUGCAUUCACCACAAGUGUGUUUGAUUAGUCUAAAAAGCGUUUUUGGGUUAAAAACAAGGUGUAUGUGGUGGACAAAGUAAUCUAUUAUUAAAUGAAAAUUCUGUGUAUUCUAAAUUUGAAAUCAGUGUUUUUUUUAAGGAUAUAAUCCACAAAAGUGACAUUAAAGUGAUGCCAUCUAGUGCCGCAGAGUGACAAGAUGUGUAAAGACGGUUGAGGCGCUCGCGCGCCGACUGGCGCGCGUCACAUACCAUGUCGUUCUUGAGUAAUCUAAAAAAGGUGUUACACCUAGGCAGCGGCAAUGACGCGAAAAAGAAGAAAGUGUUCGCGAACAUACGCGACAACUGCGACCCCACGGAGAACUGGGACAUGGUGGGCGAGCUCGGGGACGGCGCCUUCGGCAAGGUGUACAAAGCCCAACACAAGACCACCGGGCAGCUUGCGGCCGCGAAGCUAUGCGUGCUCGACAACGAAGACGACCUGGCUGACUUCACGGUCGAGAUCGACAUAUUGACCGAGUGCCGGCACCCCAAUGUAGUGGAGCUCCACGAGGCGUACUUCAUCGACAACAAGUUAUGGAUGCUGCUGGAGUACUGCGACGGCGGCGCCUUAGACUCGGUGAUGGCCGAGCUCGAGAAGGGGCUGAACGAGGCACAAAUAGCGUACGUGUGCCGCGAGAUGUGCCGCGGCCUUCAGUUUCUCCACUCGCGGAAGGUGAUCCACAGGGACCUGAAGGCGGGCAACGUGCUCGCGACCAUGCCUGGUGGCGUUAAACUUGCGGACUUCGGCGUGUCGGCAAAGAACAAGAUGACGCUGCAGAAGCACGACACGUUCAUCGGCACACCAUACUGGAUGGCGCCCGAGGUGGUACUCUGCGAAACCUUCAGGGACAACCCUUACGAUUUCAAGGUGGACAUCUGGUCGUUGGGUAUAACGCUAAUAGAGUUCGCCCAGAUCGAGCCCCCCAACCACGAGAUGACCCCCAUGCGGGUGCUGCUCAAGAUACAGAAGAGCGAUCCCCCCACCCUCGAGCAGCCGUCCAAGUGGAGCAAAUCGUUCAAUGACUUCAUUGCCAAGGCGCUUGUUAAGGACCCAGAGAAGAGGCCGACGGCCACGGAACUCCUCAAACACGAGUUCGUCACCGGCAACCUGGACUCCAAACCGCUCAGGGAUCUCCUACUGGAGUACCGGGCUGAGGUCGUGGAGGAGGAACUGUUGGACGAUGAUUCAGAGGAACAUCGCAGCUCUCAAAUGCAUAUGGAGAUGGAAGAUGACUCGACGUCUGUGAGGUCGGGCGACACGCCGGACGUCAAGAUGUCGGAGGCGGAGCCGCCGUCGACAGUGCAGCCCCGCGCGCCGCCCUCGCCGGCCGCCGCCGCGCCCGCCGCCCCCGCCGCCCCCGCGACCCCCGCGACCCCCGCACCGGCUGCGGCCAAGCGGCCGCGCGACGACGAACACCCGCCCGCUGACAGGAAAGCGCCUGCCCCGAAAAAAGAAAAGGGUCCCGCGCCGCCGCCGCCGCCCGCCGCCUCGCCGCCCGCCUCCCCCGCGCACCGCGCACCCGCCCCCGCGCCACCGACACCCGCCGCCACCACCACCAGCACCACCACCACCAGCACCACCAGCCACACCACCAGCAGCGGGCCCGCGCCCGGCCGCAAGCAGCCCGCGCCGCCGCCGCCCUCGGCACCAGCCACGCCCACCGCCGCAGCGGCCGGCAAGCAGAUCGUUGAUCAGGUAUGCCGCGAGGCAGAAAAGGCGGUAGAAGAGAAGAAAACAGAAAAGUCACCAGAUAAACAGAGCGAAAUAGUGCAUAAACCAAAGCCAACGCCGGAGCCUAAAGAGGAGCCGAGACCAGAAGUGAACAGGACAGAGAAGACAUUCAACUCCCGUUCUAGUUCUGUGGAAGAAGUAUCGAGAGUGAACACAGAGGCGAACAGAAGGUCGAAUAUGGACAAAUCUAGUUCGAGUUCUAUAGAAGAAGUAUCCAGAGUGAACGCAGAGGUGAAUAGGUUACAGAGAAAGUCAGAUACAGAGAAAUCUACGUCAAGUUCUAUAGAGGAAGAUAGAACGGAAGGUGUCAGAGUGAACGCAGCAGUGAACAGAAUAGAAAGGUAUUCCAGAUCGAGUUCUGCAGACGAAAAGGAGAGAACAGAAGUGGAGAGAAGGGAGAAGAACGAGAAGAGAUAUAAAGAUGAGAAGGAGAACAGGAGAUCGCAGCAGAAUGCAGUGGAGAUCAGGCCUGUUACGCCCCCCCAGCAGCCCAAAGAGGGUGAAGCGCGACCGCAAGUGGUGACGGUCGCGUCGCCGGUAGUGGUGCCGGUGGUGGCGGUGGCCGUCAACGACAACGUGGUGGUGGUGGAGCCCAACUCGCUGGCCGCCACGCCCGCCGGUCUCGUCACCGUCACCACCACCCACCCGCCGGUGCUCAAUAACGCCGCUCCGUUGCCGCCCAACGCGGUGACGAUCUCGACGACGCCUCCGAUCGCGGACGAGGUGGUGAUAGUGGGCGCCGGCUCGUCCUCCGACGACGACUGCUUCGCGCCCUCCUCGCUCGACUCGCUCGACUGCACCAACUGCUACACGGCGGAGAAGAGCCGCGGCCGUCGGCUGGACAGCAGCGAGGUGCUGAUCCUGAGCCCCGGCGCCGGCGCGGACUCGGGAGUCUUCGACGACAGCGGGAACAACGCGCUCAACCUGGAUACAUCACACGUGUCAGUGGUGACCGUGGGCAACGAGGAGGUGCGAGUGCGGGACUCGGCCGCCACACACGUGGCACUGCACCCGCACACGCACGCGCACGCACACGGACAAGCGCACGCGCACUCACACCCGCACACGCCGCGGCUUAGUCCCGACAGCUUUGAGAGCCGCCGGUCGCAGUCGGACAGCGGUUCGGUGGCGUCGUCGUCGUCGCGCGCGGCCGCCGACGCGGACUCGCUGGCGGCCGAGCACGACGACCACCGACAUCACAACGGUGGCGGCAGAAUAAACGCAGAUCUUCAAGGUUUGGAGAACGGAGACCAGGUCGUUUUGAGGAGGAAGAACCAAGACGGACAGUCUGUUAACAGGAUACAGAGGUCUAAAGAAGACAUCCACAUGGCGAACCUCAAGAAGAAGACGCGGAAACGCACGAGAAAGUUCGAGAUCGACGGCGUCAUCGUCACCACUACCACCUCCAAGGUGAUAUGGGGCGACGAGGAGAGCGGCCGCACGUGGGACGACCACGCGCUCCGCAAGCAGGAGCUGCGCGAGAUCAAGAUGCUGCAGAAGCAGGAGCAGAAGCAGUUCCAGGACCUCAACGCCAAGGAGCAGCAGCUCCGAGAGCAGCAGGACAAGAGGUUCGAGGCCGAGCUAGCGUCGUUGAACCGGGCGCACGAGGCGGAAUUAGAUGCGCUGGCACGUAGUGGGCGAGCGGCCGCCGAGCGAGCCGAGCAAUCGCUAGAGGUGGAAUUACGUCAAGCAGCCAAACGGCUGCGGGCGGAUCACGAGCGGGACCUACGCCACUUCCGGGACACGCUGAAGCAGGAGCUGCGGCUGCUCAAGCAGGAGGUGGAGCUGGUGGCGAAGGAGCGGCGCAAGGAGGCGUACCGGCAGCGGCGCUCGCGGCUCGACGCCGAGCACGGCGAGCGCGAGCGCGCGUUCGUGGCCGCGCUCGCCGACGCGCACGACGCGCUGCUGCGGCGCACGCACCACGCGCACCGCCACCGCCAGGCGCUCGCCGACCGCCAGUACCUGCAGCAGCGCCACCAGAUAAUGCGCACCCGCGAGGCGGCGCUGUGGGAGCUGGAGGAGAAGCAGAUCCACGAGCGACACCAGCUCGCCAAGCGGCAGCUCAAGGACGAGUUCCUGUUACGCCGCCACCAGAUGCUAGUGCGGCACGACAAGGAGCUGGAGCAGAUCAGGAGAAAAAACACCCGCAAAGAGGAGGAGCUGGCCAAGUGUCAAGCGCUAGAGAAGCGCUCGCUGCCGAAACGCAUCCGCGCCGAGCAGAAGGCGCGCGAGAUGAUGUUCCGCGAGUCGCUGCGCAUCGGCGCCGGCCCGGGCCAGCACGACGACGACCGCGACAAGCUCAAGCGGUUUCAAGAGAACGAGAAGAAGAGAUACAGAGCGGAGCAGCAGAGACUGGCCACCAAGCACGCGAAGGCUCGGGAGGAGCUCAAGGCUGCUGGAGAGGCGCUGGUCCGCGAGCUGGAACAGUACCAGAACGAGAAACGCAAAGCGCUCAUGAACCACGAGACGAACAAGAUCAAGGCGGUCGAGGAGAAGUACUCGCUCGAGCUCAAGGAGUGGAGGGCCACGCUCGGCCACAGGAAGGCGACUCUGAUAAAGUACUUCGAGGAGGAGCUCGAUAACCACGAGAAAAAGUUCCUCAUGCCCAUCCCGGACAAGGAGGCGUACCUAAAAGUUCCCUGGCCCCAGAACGUGCUGCAGCACUUCCUCAGCGCCCACAACCACAGGACCUCUCUCAUAGGAUCGCUGUCUAGGUCGAAAACGAGCCUGAACUUCCUCUCCACAGCGAACACACCCAACAUGGGCAGGAGAGGCAGCGUCAGUCCAAACCAAACGAAAGUCCUAAAGCCCAAGUUGAGCAAAGCCCAAAAGUUUGGAUCGACUUCAAACCUCAAGUUGGUUUCCGAGAAGAUUUCAGGUUUCUCGGUCUUCAGCGGGUCGGAUUUAAAGAGGGCGCCCAUCAUGGCGUUUGGCGACGACGUGCCCAAAGAGAUGGAGAUGCAGGAAACGAUGACUUUGGACAGGCCAGUGCUGAGGAAAGACAAAAAGUACAACCGGCAGAGUAUGUCGGAACAGCUCUUCAAGCAGUUAAAUACGGAAACAUCUAUGAAGCGGAGCAUGUCACAGCAAAGUCUGAAGCAAGAUAUAGCCAUGGAAGCGAUGAUGAUCGAUAUGCCGUCCCUGGAGGGGGAGAGGUACGAUACGGUGAAGAGUUCGAGUACGUUAGGCAGUGAUGACAGUGAGGAGGGGAUAAGUACGCGACACUUCAGCAGGUGGGGACCAGUCCGGGGUUCGAAUAGCUACUCGAACACAGAAGUGCCCGUCAGUCAGUUGUCAACGCUGAAUCUGAAGGCGUCUAUUGUCAGUGAUAAGUCCAAAGACCAGGGUGACUCGGCUGUUUGAGGCUCAUCAGAAACUGCAUUCGCUUUUAUAAUUUAUACUAGGUCAUUUUGUCGUUACCAUGUAAUAGGAGAGCAUAAUGUAUGUAUGUUUUUAUCUUCUGUCUCACCUGUGUUUCUGCCGUGAAGCAGCUGUUUAGGUUUAAAAAGUCGGAUGUUGUAAUGGCCUUACACAGAGCCAUAAAAUCAAUACCGCUGCAAUAUCUAUAUAUUAGGUUUUUUUAGAUAUUAGUGGCGAAAAAGAGAUUCAGAGAGAUAUUACCUAUACCAGUCGGAUAUCCGGUCCGGAUAUAUUCCUUUUGAGUUCUCAUUUCGAUAUUAUAACCUUAUAUUGAUUACCGAUAUUUCAUAUAUUUGUUAUUGAGCCUAUUGAGUCAAUAUAUAGAUAUUGUAACUAAAGUUUUAGAUAUAGCUAUAUACCCGUGAUGGAUACGAUGCGGCGUUGUCAAAUGCUAUUUAGUUUUUCCUCCAUUCUGAAUAUCAUAAAAAAGAGGUUUUGGACGUUUCUAGUAUCGUAGCGGAAUAAUAAAUGUGUUUUCAUAUACAAUAUACAUUUACAAUAUCCCGAUAACCAUAUAUUGGGUUUCUUUGGAUAUUGAUGGUGAAACAAAAGGUCAUUUCAAUAUCGUUCACAUCAAUCGAAUAUCUUUAUUAAUUUUGUUCAGGCUCGUUAUUUCGAUAUUAUAUAUCGGAUAAUCGAUUUGUAAUAUAUCCGUUAUUUGACCAAUAUAUAGAUAUUGCUAUAUAUAUAUUAGCUCUCCUAUGAUAUAGUGACGGUAAAAUCGUAUGAUUGUCACGUAGAAAGAGAAUUAGUCAUUAGAUUAUUUUAUUGACGCUUAAAUACAUUAGAUUGUAUUAUAAUUGUUAGAAACAGAAGAUAAAAAGAAAGCGUUCAAAUUGCUUAUCCCUUGUCUAUAUCUACUUACUCAAUGUAUAUUCUACUUCCUUCUUAAAAGGCAAUAAAUAUUAUAAUUAAGUACUUUAAACUCCAAUGAACAUAACAAUCAAAGAUCAUGUAAGUCGAGAUGGAGUGUCGAAAACAAACGUCCUAAAAACGCGUCGUUUUUUGUUUUUAAGUAUUUAAAUAUUCGGACUCUUGUCAAGUUAUACAAGUCUGGAAAACUUGAAACAGAGGGGUAAAUAAAUCAAUAAAAAAUCCUUCAAUUAAACUAGCCCCUUGGGUACCUCUGUCCUAUUCGUGUUUCUACCGUGAAGCAGUUGUGUUUGCAUGGCUGUGUUUCGGUUUGAAGGGUGGGAUAUGGCGUGAAUUUACAGGGUACAGUGGAAUAACACCUGAGUCCUCAGGAAUGGCAACGCAUGGGGGUAUCAUGGGCGCAACAGUGUACUCUGUUAUGUCCAUGGUACUGCUCAUGUCUAUAGGCGACGGUUAUCACUUUCCAUCAGGUGGGCCGUCAGCUUGUUUGCCAUUCUAAGUUGUAUAAAAAAAAAACUUCAAAAAAUUACUGUAAUAAUGAUUAAAACUUUUUUUUUUUUUAUUUUAUCUGAAUAUUUCCUUAUAUUCUUGUAACAUCCUCCACGCUUUCCUUCCUGGAAACAACGUGGUUAAUUUCUGAUGAAUUCAUCCCAAUGAAGCUGAUCUGCUUCAUCUUCACUUAUUAUCCCUCAUAUCCUCAAUGAUAUCUUGCCAGCGUAUACUGAUAGUCCAGUUAUUUCAUUUCUUAAAAAAAUCUUGUAACAUAUUUUAAUACAUAUCUAAGAAACUUGGUCUGAUUGGAGGAACCUAUGUUUGAUUUUUUUCUUACGGUUCGUUGUAAUUAUACUAAAAGUCACAAAUUUCAAGACUAAUACGAUUUUGAAAAAAGAGUCGGGCUGUUUUUUGAAGCGUUUGUUCGAGGAUACUCCAUCUAUUUGCAAUUGAUCAAUUAGUAUUAGAAAUGUUACUGGCAAAUAGGUUUACCGAAGGAAAUUUGCUCACAGCAAACGAUUUGUGUCACAAUUAUCAUGUAAAUGCUAAUAUUUUUGUAUGUAGGUUUGGAAAACCACUAGAUUUAUUUAUAUGUAACUAACUCUAUACCGCGGCUUCGCCCGUGAUUGUGUCUAGAUGUUGUAUAACCUAUACUCGUUUUCAAGAAAUCAAAAUGCAAAAAUAAUUUCUCAAAUGCAACUGGUAGGUCCAGAGGCUAGCGCGUACAAAUGGAGUCCUCCGAUUUUACUAUAUUAGCAUAUUGGUAUCAUCAUAUUAGCUGUUAAUUGUCCACUUUUGAACAUAGGGGUGGGGGGGGCAGACGCCAAUCUUGGCAGGUGGUUUAGCAACCGCAGUUAGGCUUUGGUGAUGUUUUAAGAGGGACGCUACUGCCCAUCCCUCGAACGUUAUGUUCUCUUAGUCUCUUAGUCCAAAGGGAAAAGAAUAGGCGGCCUAAUAUAUUUAUUUUGGUAUACUUUUAUACACAUAAAAAUAUGUUUACAUGGUGCAGAUUUAUGGCAUUUAUGCCUGAUGGCAAUCUCUACCAGUCAACGGUAUACAUAUAUCAACACAGUUACUGUAUUUCCAAGCGUACAUACAACAAUAUGGCCUUCCAAAAAAACGCCAAAGCUUUCGCUUCCAUUCGCAGUAUUAGAGUUACAAAUUAAGUUAGGAAUCAUCAAUAUAGGAAUACCCUUUGCUGUCAUGUUGUAGGAAUUUGUAUUAAAAAGUUUUAUUAGUGAAAUAUAAGUUGGCAUCACGAAUGGUAACGCAUGAGGGGCACCAUGGACGUCGCAGUGCAUUCUGUGAUAUCGUUACCGUUCUAUAUAUAAUAUCUAUAUAUUGGGCUACUCUAGACCAGUGUUUCCUAACCUUUUUCGUGCCACGCCCCACUUGAACAUUUCUAAAAUGUUAAUGCCCCCAUACAUAAUUGUCCCCGACAAAGUUCACUUGACGACUCUAAUCGCCCAGUUGAUAUUUUGGUAACGUCAAACGAAAUUAUACCCAAUAGAUAUUUACAGCAUUUAUUUCUUUUUAAUUUACUUUAAUUGUUAAAUUUUGCACCGAUAUCUACUCGUAGCAUUGCAUUUAAAUGGCCCGGAGCAAGAGGAUUAAAAUCGCUUCGAGUCCAUUUUUUAGUCCAUUUCCUGUGGGGCGUGGACCCCACGUUGGGAAACACCGCUCUAGACACUGAUAGUGGAAAAAAGACAAUCAUCCAUUUCAGUCGAAUAUCUGUAUUAAUUUCGAUAUUAUAUAUAUUGGAUAACAGAUAUUUAAUAUAUUAUUUAUUGUGUAAAUAUAUUGUUAUAUGUUACCCAUCCCUAGUGUACAGGCGAUGGUUACCGCUGUCCAUCAGGUGGGACGUCAGCUUGUUUGCCAUUCUAAGUUGCAUAAGAGAAGAUACUAAAAUAUGUAUAAGUAUAUGUAUUUUAUAGUCUAAUAACACCGCGUCUAAGACAGCCGAGUAAACGUUUAUGUAGUUACAUAGCAAUAAUUAUUAUGUUGUUUAGGAGUCGACACUUCUGUUUUAUUGACGAAACUAGAAAAUGAAUCUAUGCAACCGUCUAGAAGUCUUAACAUAGUAAAAUAAAUUAAUAUCCGUUACGGAUGGCUAGUAUUGACACCGUUCUAAUAUGUAUAUAUUGGGUUCCUCGACUAGAUAUUGAUGGCGGGAAAAGGUCAUCACCCAUUUCGAUAUGGUAUGGUAUAUCUAAUAAUAGUCGGAUAUCUAUAUUAAUUUCGAUCAGGUGUUUCAAUUCGAUAUUAUAUAUAGGUGAUAUUGUGUCUACAAUAUAUAACUAUAUAUUACUCACCUCUAAUAUCGGUAGAAUUUUACAAGUGUUUGUAAUGUACCUCUGACUUAUUGACAGGUGUCACAUAAAAGAGCUAGAGCCGUUUUAUAGUGUGAAAUUUUUAAAUACAAUGAACAGGUUGCAUAGGUUUCAUCAGUACGUUUCUUUUUUGCUCGAAGUGACGCGCCCCUGAAUGUAAAAUUACAUAUUUUUAAACUAGAUGGCGUUGUUAUGUAUGGUCCUACUAGUGUGUUGCGAUAUGUCCUAUAAAGAUAUUUAUUUUUUAAUAAUAUUCUCAAUAAAUACUUAAUUUAUACUAUUUAUAGAUAUUAUACAAUAUUGUUCGCUUUGUGUAUAGAAAUAAGUCACAAUAUUUAAUGUCAUCUCUACGCUAUGCCAAUCGUCUUCGCCAAAAGAAAAAAAUCCAUAAAAGUCAUUGUGGUGACAGCGAAACAAAUAGGUUUUAGACUUUAUAGACUAGGUGAUAAAGGUCAUAUUUAUUUAUUGAAAUAUCUUAGAGUAAUACAUAUAUAGUACUGUACAUAACUGUUAUCACAAUCGACUAUUGUGAAGCAGUAAGCGAGCUCUUAUUAGAAAAUAUAGUUGGGUAAUAUCUAAUAUCUAUGUAUUUAGUUCUUCUAGCCAGUGAUGCCCACCCAUUGCGAUAUCGCCCAUUCCAGUCGUAUAUUCAUCACGAGCGGGUUCUUCUUUUCGAUAUUAUAUAUUGAAUAAACGAUAUGUAAUAUAUCUAUUAUUGGGCCAAUAUAUGUGUAGAUACAGUAACUACAAUAUAUAGAUAUUGCUAUAUAUUACUCACUGUAACUGAAAAGAACAUUGAUACCGAAGUGUGGCAACGCCGCAAUUUGCUGUCAAUUAUCAACAAUAAUUUGACAAUUUUCAAUGUUUUCGAUUGAAAAUUCUCUGUUUGAGAACUGAAACGUUAAUUACGCAAUAACAUUCUUACAAAGCUGUCACUGAAAAUUGCAUUUUGAUGGCAAUAUAAUAAUGUGUUUGAAAAACUCCGUAGGAGAAUAUGUAGUAGGUGCAAAGUUUUCAAUGGUAGGUUUAUAUGCAUACUUAUUCUAUUAUUGACGUUUUAGUUUGGUAGCAGAGCACUGUUUAAAUCAUCAUUUACAUUUCAACCGCCAUCUGUCCACUGCUGGACAUAUAAAUAGGCUUUCCCCAUAGACCGCCAUAAAGAACAAUCCGAACUUUUUAAAUAACCAAUCAAAAAUCUCGGAAAUUGUUCAAUUGAUUUUGAGAAUUGACAUUUAAUUGCGACGUUGCAGCACUUGGGUGUGAAUGAUCUAUAUCGAAAUCGAACGUAGGCCAUACUUAUGUUUAAAUUGCUAUUUAUCGCAUCGCGUGCCCCACAGAGGGCGCUGUUAUAUUGUUUUUAGAUUAUAAACAUUCGAUGUGCCUAAAACCUUAAAGCCUUAAAUGUAUAAUAGUGUUAAUAUUUGUAAAAUUGCAUAUUUUUUUUAAUAUUAUGAUAUAUUUUUUUUAAUUAUAUAAUUAAUUAAAAUAUUUAAACUUUAAUGCACAGUAAAAUUCUAUGUACAUAUGGCGGACUGAACACGCGACGGUGUUCUCUACCAGUCGAUCAUUGGGCGAACAGAGAAAUAAGUAGGCGGUGCGUUAUUGAAUAGAGGAAAUAUAAAGCAAUACUUGAUAUAUUCAUAUAUUGUAAGCAUAUUUUUUUUUCUGUUGUCCAAAAAGUACUUUUUGUUACUGUCUCUAUUAUAUGUCUAAAUAUAGAUAGAUGGAUAGAUAAUUUAUUUGCAUUACUUACAGCACACAAAUUACAACAUACAUAUACAAAAAAAAAGCGAAAACAUAAAUGACAAAAAAAAAAUACAUAAAGCUAAAUACAAUUUUCGUUUGUGCGUGUGCCAUAGCAAUACAAAAUGGCCACAACUUAGUUUAUUGCUAUAUAUAUAUAUAUAUAUAUAUAUAUAUAUAUAUAUAUAUAUAUAUAUAUAUAUAUAUAUAUAUAUUUUUUUUUUUUUUCUUUAAGUUUACUUCAGUAGUAUAUUUGUCUUGUUUAUGAAAAUUAAAAAGAAAGUAUUUUAAAUAGUUUAAUAAGAUUAUUUUUCCCUCAUAUCUGUUCUUCAAAUUUUCAAAGUACAUUUAAUGAGUAUACUUUAUUUGCAUUUAUUAAUAAUAUAUAAAAAUUUAAAUGAAAGUGGUAUUAACAUUUUAUAUUUAAAAUGAACAUUAAAAUGUUCAACAUUAAUCAUUUCAUUAGAAAUGUGUGCCAUUAUUAUUUUUUUUUUGUUUAUUUAAUUUUUUUUAAUUAUUACAAAUUUAUAAAAUAUCUUUAAAAAUAAAAAUAUUUUAAUUAAUUAUAUAAUUACUUUAAAACUAAAAAAAAAAAAAAAUAUGUUUAUUACGUUGUAUAUUAUUUUAAUAUUAAAUAUAUAAUAGUUAUAAACAAAUAAGAGGUAAUAACUUAUGUAACUUAACUUAUGUAACUUACAAUUAUGCUUAUCACACAUAACCCCACGUUAAAAACAAUAAUAUUAACAAUAUUGUUUUAUUACAGAUUAGAUUGUUAAACAAUUAAACCAUUGACUUGAACUAUUUGGUUAAAAACAAAACAAACCAUUUUAUUGCCCUUAUGGAGUAAGUAACGUCUGUACAAGUAUGUUUAUUUUUAAGUCAACAAUUUAGUUUUGUAUUAAUACAAAAAUAUAACAUGGCGUUAUGUUAUGUUAUUUAAUAGUGUAUAUUUAAAUUUAAAAUAAAAACCCUACUUUGAUUUUAGCUGAGUGAUGGGACCAUCUUUAGAGUUUUUUUUUUUUUAUUAAACUUAAUAAUUGUAAACUGGUCGUUGUAUCGUAGCACUCAUUAAGAGUUGGCUCUUUUUUUAGGAGUUGGGUUAAUAAUAAACUAAAUAUACUUUGAUAAAUUGUUACCGUAUACCAUAUUAGAGUUUAACUGUCCUCUGCUGAACAUAGGCCUCUCCUAUAAGAGGGAGUUUUGCCAUCAUUUGCCACGCUAGGCAGGCGGGUUGGCAACCGCAGUUUUUUUUUAUGGGUGAAAAUGGUAUGGUAACCCCGCCUGCGCUAACGGGAUACGCUGGCGGAGCACCAGUGAAGGGUGAUACAUGAGCAUGAAAACAGGCCAGUUAGCCCAUCACGAUGAAUUCAUUAGGAAUUAACCAUGAUAGUUUCCAGGGGGAACCGCGAGGAGGUCGACCUGGUUUGGUAUAUUACUAGCAAUAGGAUUACUAAGUUCCAUUACUAACAAUCCCUUUCCCCCCUGGCAAUCGCAGUUAGGCUUUAGUGAUGUUUUAAAAGGGAUACUGCUGUCCAUCCCUUGACCAUUAAAUUUAUAAAUGUUAACUUCUUUAUAAGGUCAAGUCAGUGUCCUCAGGAAUGGCAACGCAUGGGGGGUAUCAUGAGCGAAACAGUAUACUCUGUUAUGUCCACGGUACUGCUCAUGUCUAUAGGCGACGGUUACCACUUUCUAUCAGAUGGGCCGUCAGCUUGUUUGCCAUUCUAAGUUGUAUAAAAAGAAAUAUAUACAGUUAAAUAAUUUUCUUUUUCUUGUUUUUUAUUUUAUAUUUAAUUUUUGAGAUAAUUUUAUGUCGUUAUUUAUAAAAAUAGUGUUAGUAAAAUUAUCGAGAAGCUAUAAUUUUUUUAAAUAUAAAUAUGUCAUGGAGUCUCUGGACGGACUCCUCCGAAACGGUUCAACCGAUUUUUUUUUAAUUUUUUUAUGUAUAUUUGGUACCUAUGGGAAUAGGUCAUAUCACUAAGUGAUUAGGAAAAACAUAUGGCAGUACAACGUACAUAUCCCAAAGAGGGUUGACGUCAGGCAGGUGGCCGGUCGUAAAACUAAAAACCAAAUCUUUUUGUAAUAUGGUUAAAAUCAUAUUACGCCGACCCCAAAAUGAUUGGGAUAAGGGUAGGAAGAUGUUGAUAUGGCAGUACAACGUUUGCCAGGUCAGAUAGUGUAUAGCUAUGUUUUUUUUUUCAUAUAUAUGAAUUGUUGUUUGUUUAUGUGCGUGGUAGGCGGGGUGGUCGCGUGCCGGGUAGUCAACCAUUCUCCUUCGCGGUCCCAAACUGCCGUAUUCAUCUGCCUCUCUCUCUCCACAAGCCUCUCUCAAUCUUUCAAACGCAAUGUUUGUCAGCUAGUAAUUGUAUGAAGUAUGAAUUGCCGUAUGGUCCCGGCAUAGAAUAGGCCACCCCUUCCUUUCCCGUAUGUGUCGUAAGAGGCGACUAAGGGAGGGCGAGGGAUGGGCAGCAGCGUCCCUCUUAAAACAUCUCUAAGGCCUUAUUUAGUUGCCAACCCGCCUGCCAAGCGUGGCAACUACUGGUAACCUCCCCCCCCCUCCCCCUGGGUAAGGCUUAUGUUCAGCAAUGGAAAAAGUGAAGCGUGUUUACUUUUAAAUAACAAACAUUGAAUUAUUUAGUUUAUAAAAAAAACCCAACCGUUAGAUAUGUGUUAUUCGAUAAGUUAACAUUUUAUUCCGAAACAAAAAGACAGAAUUAGUUGUAAUAAAUAUUAUGUAUCUAUUCGUAAAUAGUUUAUCUUUUUUUCAAUUUUGAAAAAUCGUGUUUAUUUUUCUUUUUUUUUUUUUUCUUUUCAUUAACUAUUCUAUUUUACUUGAUAUUUCUAUACGAGAAUAGUUUUUAAAACUUACAUUUCGAUUAAUAAUUGUAAUAUUUAAUUAGAGAAAAAAAAUAUUACUCGAUUUUUCUGAAACUUCAAAAAUUAUAUUUUAAUAUUAAAACGUCUACUCAUGACUAAGGUCCCGGAUGGUCCCGGAACUAGUCGGUAGUUUCUCGACUAAAAUACGUGUAAGUUAAUCGGGUUGCUAUUAUAUAAAAAAAAAAAAAUAACGUAUACUUAUACAACUAUUAACAGUUAUUUGUUUAUUGCAACAUUAUUUUAAGUACUCGCUAAUUUAUGCCUUGUUUAGCAACAAAAAGACAAAAUUAGUUUAAAUACAAAAUUGUUUGUAUAUAAUUUAUUGUUUUUGACAUUCCAAUCGUACCUAAGGCGUAUAACUUAACCGCAGGAACAUGUACCUACAUAUAUUAUAUGUAAAUAAACUGUUACAUUUAUAAA